AUGUCAGCACCGUCCGUGUCCGACGUCACCAAAGCCCGCUGGACACCACGCUUUCAGCAGCGUCCGCAACUGACGUCAACACAGCCAGUUGCACUCAAAGCUGUCAGCACCGUACGCGUCGGACGUCACCACAGCCCUCUGGGCACCACGCCUGCCGUCUGUGUCCGACGUCACCACAGCCCGCUGGACUCCACACUGUUAGCACCGUCUGCGUCCGACGUCACCAGAGCCCGCUGCACUCCACGCAGUCAGCGACGUCCGUGUCCAACGUCACCGCAGCCCGCUGCAUUCCACGCUGUGUGCACCGUCCGCGUCCGACGUCACCACAGCUCGCUGUACUACACGCAGUCAGCACCGUCCGUGUCCGACGUCACCACAGCUUGCUGUACUAUGUGCUUUCAGUGCCGUCUGCGUCCGACGACGCCACAGCCCGCUGGACUCCACACUCCCGCUGCACGGCACGCUGUCAGCAGCGUGAGCGUCCGACGUCACCACUGCCCGCUGUACUCCACGCUGUCAGCACUGUCCGUGGCCGACGUCACCACAGCUUGCUGUACUAUACGCUUUCAGUGCCGUCUGUAUCCGACGUCACCACAGCCCGCUGCAUUUCACGCUGUCAGCACCGUCCGGGUCCGACGUCACCACAGCCCGCUGGACACCACACUGUUAGCACCGGCCGUGUCCGACUUCACCACAGCCCGCUGGACUCCUCGCUGUCAUCACCGUCCAUGUCCGACAUCACCACAGCCUACUGCACUCAACGCUGUCAGUGCCGGCUGUGUCCGACGUCACCACAGCCCGCUGCACUCCACGCUGUCACCACCGUCAACGCCUGACGUCACCACAGCCUGCAGCACUCCACGGGAGCCCGCUGCAGUCCAAGCUGUGUGCACCGUCCGCGUCCGUCGAAACCACACACCCCGCUGCACUCCACGCUGUCAGCACCAUCCGUGUCCGACGUCACCACAGCCAGCUGGACUCCACGCUAUCAGCACAGUCCGUGUCCGACUUCACCACAGCCCGCUGCACUCCACGCUGCCAGCACCGUCCUCAAACGACGUAACCCCAGCCCGCUGGACUCCACCCUGUGAGCACCGUCCGUGUCCGACGUCACCACAGCCUGCUGCACUCCACUCUGUCAUCACCGUCCGCUUCCGACGUCAAUACAGCCCCCUUGACUCCCCGCUGUCAGCACCGUCCGUGUCCGACGUCACCACAACCCGCUGCAAUCCACGCUGUCAGCACAGUCCGCGUCCGAUGUCUCACAGCAAGUUGCACUCCACGCUGUCAGCAUCGUCCACGUCCGACGUCAACACAGACCGCUGCACUCCACGCUGUCAGGACCGUCCGCGUCCGACAUCACCACAGCCAGCAGCACUCCACGCUGUGAGCAUCGUCAGUGUCCAACGUCACCACAGCCCGCUGCACCCCAUGCUGUCAGCACCGUCCGAGUCCGACGCCACCACAGCCCGCUGGAAUCCAAUCUGUCACCAACGUCCGCUUCCGACGUCAACACAGCCCACUGGACUCCACGCUGUCAGCACCGUCCACGUCCGACGUCACCACAGACCGCUGAUCUCUACGCUGUCAGCACCGCCCGGGUCUGACUUCACUACAGCCCGCUGCACUCCACGCUGUCAGCACCGUCCGCGUCCGACGUCAACACAGCCAAAUGCACUCCAUGCUGCCAGCACCGUCCGCGUCCAACGUCACCACAGCCCGCUGCACCCCAUGCAGUCAGCACCGUCCGCUUCCGACGCCACCACAGUUCGCUGGACUCCAAUCUGUCACCAACGUCCGCUUCCGACGACUUCACAGCCCGCUGCACUCCACGCUGUGAGCACCGCCCGCGUCCGACGUCACCACAGCCCGCCGCACUACACGCUGUCAGCACCGUCCGUGUCCGACGUCACCGCAGCUUGCCGGAUUCCACCCUCCCGCUGCACACUACGCUGUCAGCACCGCCUGCGUCCGACGUCACCACAGCCCGCUGCACUCCACACCUCAGCACCGUCCGCGUCUGACGUCACCACUGAAUGCAGCAGUCCACGCUGUGAGGAUCGUUCAUGUCCGACGUCACCACACCCCGCUGCAGUCCAUGCUGUCAGCACCGUCCCCGUCCGACAUCACCACAGCCUGCAGCACUCCACGCUCCUGCUGGACUCCACUCUGUCAGCUCCGUCCGUGUCGGACGUCACCGCAGCUUGCUGGACGCCACCCUGUCAGUGCCGCCUGUGUCCGACGUCACCACAGCCUGCUGCACUCCACGGUGGCAGCGUCGUCCGUGUCCGUCGUCACCACAGCCCGUUGGACUCCACGCUGUCAGCACCGUACAGGUCUCACAUCACCACAGCCCCUCUGCACUACACGCUGUCAGCACCGUCUGCGUCCGACGUCACCACAGCCCGCUGGACUCUACGCUGUCAGCACCGCACGGGUCUGACUUCACCACAGCCCGCUGCACUCCACGCUGUCAGCACCGUCCGCGUCCGACGUCACCACAGCCCGCUGGACUCCACGCUGUCAGCACCGUCCGCGUCCGAUGUCUUCACAGCCCACAGGACUCCACACUGUCAGCACCGUCCGCGUCCGACGUCACCACAGCCUGCUACACACCACGCUGUCAGUGCCGGCUGUGGCCGGCGUCACCCCUGCCCGCUGCAAUCCUCGCUCCUGCAGCUUCCGACGUCACCACAGCCCCGUGGACUCCACGCUGUCAGCACCGUCCGUGUCCGACGUCACCACAGCCCGCUGCAAUCCACGUUGUCAGCACAGUCCGCGUCCGAUGUCACCACAGCCCGUUGCUCUCCACGCUGUCAGCACCGUCCAUGUCCGACGUCAACACAGACCGCUGCACUCCACGCUGUGAGCACCGCCCGCGUCCGACGUCACCACAGCCCGAAGCACUACACGCUGUCAGCACCGUCCGUGUCCGACGUCACCGCAGCUUGCUGGACUCCACUCCGUCAGCGCCGUUUGUGUCCAACGUCACCACAGCCCGCUGCACUCCACGCUGUCAGCACCGUCCGCGUCCGACGUCUUCACAGCCCUCAGGACUACACACUGUCAGCACCGUCCGCGUCCGACGUCACCACAGCCAGCAGCACUCCACGCUCCCGCUGCACUCCACGCUGUCAGCACCGUACGGUUCUCACAUCACCACAGCCCGCUGCUCACCACGCUGUCAGCACCGCCUGCGUCCGACGUCACCACAGCCCGCUGGACUCCUCGCUGUCAGCACAGUCCGCGUCCGACGUCACCAUAGCCUGCAGCACUCCACGCUGGGAGCACCCACCACUGCCCGCUGCACUCGAUGCUGUCAGCACCGUCCGUGCCCGACGUCACCACAGCCCGCUGCACUCCACGCUGUCAGCACCGUCCGCGUCCGACGUCACCACAGCUCGCUGCACUCCACGCUGUCAGUGCUGUCUGUGUCCGACGUCACCACAGCCCGCUGCUCACCACGCUCAAGUUGCACUCCACGCUGUCAGCAUCGUCCACGUCCGACGUCAACACAGAUCGCUGCACUCCACGCUGUCAGGACCGUCCGCGUCCGACGUCACCACAGCCAGCAGCACUCCACGCUGUGAGCAUUGUCAGUGUCCAACGUCACCACAGCCCGCUGCACCCCAUGCUGUCAGCACCGUCCGCUUCCGACGCCACCACAGCCCGCUGGACUCCAAUCUGUCACCAACGUCCGCUUCCGACGUCAACACAGCCCACUGGAUUCCACGCUGCCAGCACCGUCCACGUCCGACGUCACCACAGACCGCUGCACUCUACGUUGUCAGCGCCUUCCGUAUCCGCCGUCACCACAGCACGCUGGACUCCAGGCUGUCAGCACCGUCCUCGUUUGACGUCACCACAGCCCGCUGGUCUCUACGCUGUCAGCACCGCCCGGGUCUGACUGCACUACAGCCCGCUGCACUCCACGCUGUGAGCACCGCCCGCGUUCGACGUCACCACAGCCCGCCGCACUACACGCUGUCAGCACCGUCCGUGUCCGGCGUCACCGCAGCUUGCCGGACUCCACCCUGUCAGCGCCGUCUGUGUCCGACGUCACCACAGCCCGCUGCACUCCACGCUGUCAGCACCGUCCGCGUCCGACGUCUUCACAGUCCUCUAAACUCCACACUGUCAGCAACGUCCGCGUCCGACGUUACCACAGCCAGCAGCACCUCACGGUGUUAG